AUGCUGUUACUCGUCGCUUUUCUCAUUUAUGCAAUCGCUAGUGGACAUGGAUUUCUGGCAGUACCAUUUGGUUCGACGUAUGUGACACCUCGUAAUUUGAGCUGUUCUGGUGGUGGGUUACAAAUGAAUCAGACCUACGGGGUAAUGUACUGUGUCCUUUUCGCUUGGCCUGGCUCUCCACCAACAAACUACACAAAUCUCUUCCAAAGUAUUAUCGUCGAUGACUUCGUACCAAUUUCGAGUGAUCCAGGCUUUUUAUUCUUUGCCCAAAGCUAUGCUGAUCAGACAAGGCACUACGGUUGGAUCAGGAUGAGUCGCACUCGAUGCACAGGUUUUUCAAGUACGACAACUGAUGUAGGGUACGGUAAUUGCACGACAUUACCAUAUGAGAUUUUUCUGCCUGGUGUCUUGCCGAUACUAUGUAUUUGUGCGACUGACCGUUGCAAUGCGAACUUGUCCACUUGUCAAGCUUCAGUGGCGGCGUAUGCACCAUCACCCCGUUUGAUAACAGCUCUCCCUAGUUUGACCACGCAUGUGUCGUGUCAAGAUAAUGCAGCUCAGAGUUCUGGUGGAAGUAUUACCUUCUGGCGUUGUUUAUAUCUUGGUAGUUUUUUUCCGUUUGUAAAUACAACAUUAUGUGACGCAUACUUUGCCAACAAUACCGUCAUGUGUUUCAUUAAUACUAACGGAUACAUUAAAGGAUAUACUUACGAAGAGUACGACACAGAUCUGAGCUUCCAGUGGCUUUACAAUCAAUACCUUGCAGCGGCCUACAGCCCUAAUGCACAGUUCAUAUACAAUGAGAGUUCCACACAACUGCUCUUUUUUACGACAUAUGGAGGCGGAGGGGCUAUAGGGGGAACACAAUGCUUCUGCACAACUAACAAUUGCAACGUAAAUCUGAGCACAUGUGCCACAGGAUUGAAUUACAAUCCAACAACUACUGUUGGGACCACAAGCGCAUCUAAUCCAACAACUACUGUUGGGACCACAAGCGGAUCUAAUCCAACAACUAUUGUUGGGACCACAAGCGCAUCUAAUCCAACAACUACUGUUGGGACCACAAGCGGAUCUAAUCUAACAAUUACUAUUCGAACUACGAGUGUAUCAAAUCAGACACGGUCGUCAAUAGGGACAACAUUCUAUCAUAAUUAUCAAUUAUUCUUUUUCUCAAUGAUGGCAAUGGCGACAUUAUAUAUAAUCGAUGUUGAACACAUUUGA